AAAGGUCUUUUCUCCAGUGGUUCUUCAUCCACGCAUAAUGGCUACCCUCCCUCCAUCUUUUCUAGGGACUCAACCAAAGUACGACCCCAUAGCGGACAAAGCGAAGUUUGAAAAGGAGCUGAAUGAUGUUUUUAGCAAAGCACUACAAAUAAAUGAAGCUCCUAUCAAAGAGAAGCAUGUUAGAAGUGCUACCAUUUCUACUUGGAGGGAGAAAAACUGCUCAACCUUUUGGAAGUGUGUUCGGAGCCAUCCUCUAGAAAGACAGGGUGUGGUCUGUUACAAGUCUUGCUACAUGAUACAUAAAAUGUUAAGAGAUGGCUACCCUGACAAUGCUAAAAGGUCGGCGACACAUGCAAAAUUUGUCAGUGAACUUGCUAGACACUGGAAUCAACUCGGUGAUCCAGUAUCAAAGAUGAUUACAUCAUAUCUCAAAGUGAUUUGGAACAAGAUAGCCUUGCAUGUCAAAAAUCCAGACAUUCCGUGUACAUUAAAUUUUACUGAAAAACCUUUUGUAGUACCAAGUGACAUUGACUAUGUCUUUCAAUUAACAGUAGAAGUUUUUGAUUACCAGUCGGCCAUUCUUCACUUUUAUGCAGGAGUUAAUGCUACUUUAUCAGAACCCAUAACUCAGGUCCAGCUACAGUACAGGAUUGCUCCGUUUGUUCCUUGUAUAAAGGAGUCAGCUGCUCUUUACGACCUAGUGGUCAAACUAAUGAAGGCCCUACACACUAGUUUACCAGCCGAAACAUUAAAUGGUCAUAGAGAAAGAUUUAACCGACAAUACUCUGCUUUAAGGAAGUAUUUCGCUGAAGCAGCUAAACGCGACUACAUCAAAAAGUUUGUCGAUGUUCCCGUCCUACCCCCGGAUCCUCCUAAUUUUCUAAUCGGCUCAUUUGACGAGCUACAUCUCUCCAAUACCGUCUUCAGUCAUGAAGGAGGACAGCCAAUGAUAGAGGCAGAGUAUUCACUAGCUUCAACUGCAAUCACUCCAGAGUCCAGCAUUGACCCAAGAUCAAGACUGAAUACACUUGAUGGGACACUUAUUGAUCUUGGAACGCCCAUCACUGCACCAGUAAAUGAAGAGACUGAUAGUAGCAGGUUUGAUUCAGUUUUUGGUCAGCAGGAGUUCACACCGUUUGUUAAUGAGGUACCACCAUCAGUACCACCACCAACCAUCACUGAUGAAAGGGAUUUAUUGAUUGAGCAGUUAAUGAGAGAGAUUGUUGAACUGAAGGAUCGUAUCAGAGAACUCGAAGAACAAAACCUCGCCAACUUAGAACUAUUAGGAGCAGCGAGAACCCAAAUGGAAGAAAAAAACAAAGAACUAUCAGAAUAUAAAGAAGUCGCCGAACAAGCUUGCACCGAGAACGUUCGUUUAAAAGAAAUGAUUGAUGCAGAGAAAUCAAUGGGAGCAACACAAGUGGAAUCAGAUGAAAGAACGAAAGCUGUCGAACAAAAGUUCACGCAAUUAAAAGACAUUUAUCAAAAACUUCGUAACGAGCACGUGCAGCUGCUUAGAACGAAUGGGGACGCACAAAAGAAACUUCGUGAAACUGAGACCAAACUACUCAAGGAAGAGGCCAACAGUGUCGAGCUACAGGGUAGGGUAGAAUCACUUAAUACAAGAAUUGAAGUAUUGAGAUCAAAAACUUCUGAUGAGACGUCCAAGAUAACUUUACUUGAACAAUCUUUGAAGGCGAAAGAAAUUGAAGCUACAAAGUUACAAGAGUCAACUAAUUCAUUGCAGCAACAGCUAGAGAAAUCAGCACAAGCCAGCUCUCACUCUCUCCUUGUUGCGGUUGUUAGACAGGCUGAAUCAAUUGUUAACCAAUCACUGCGAGAUAUGGAUGAGUUUCCGAAUGAUACGAUUGCUUGUGCACCUGAUAUUCUUAUUAAGAAAGCUGGUGAGGCUACUACUGUUACUAUAAACCUCCACAGUACUUUUGCCAAAUACUUGAAGGAACCAGCUCCAGCUGAAAUGGAGUCUCUUCUUGCUCUUGUCCCUGAAAUGGCUCAUCGUAUGGUCCAGAUCAUACAGUACGGGAUAUCGAAUGGACCUGUUGAUCAAAAAGUGACUGCUAAAUGCAAGGAGAUUGGUAGCAUUACCCUGAACUACUUGAGGGAGAUGUAUUCCAAUGCUCCGAACAAUAUGAAGGUCAAGAGCGCUGCUGCCGAGCUCCAGCUGGCCUUGAAACAACUUUUGGGUGAUAUCGAGGAUCUGAAGCGUGAGAGGGCCGAAGCUGCCGAAGAGGAGAGCGCCCAAAUGGGAGACAUUGUUGAUGAAGAGAUGGCCAGCACUUCCAUCGCUGUUAAUGAGGCUGCGAGAAAGAUUGAGGAGAUCCUGAAGCGUUCUCGUGAAGAGCAGUCCGGUGUUAAUCUUGAGGUCAACUCUCGAAUACUUGAUUCCUGCACUGAUCUGAUGAAGGCUAUCCAAGUCUUGAUUGUCCGUUCUAAGGAACUCCAGCAAGAAGUUGUCGCUGAAGGACCUGGUAGCAACGCUAAAGAGUUUUACAAGAAGAACCACAACUGGUCCGAAGGUUUGAUCUCUGCCGCUAAGCAAGUUGGCCAUGGAGCGUCAAGGCUUGUUGAUUGUGCUGAUAAGGUUGUCAGUGGCAACGGAAAGUUUGAGGCGUUGAUUGUUAAUUCUAAGGACAUUGCCGCCUGCACUGCCCAGCUGGUUGCUGCUUCUAUGGUCAAGGCAAGGGCUCGCAGCGAGAGGCUCAAAGCUUUGAAAGCUUCUUCUAGGGCUGUGUCCGAAGCUACUGGAUCUGUUGUUGCCUCUGCUCAAUCUGGCGCUGAUAUUAAAGCUGAAGCUGCCAAUAAAGUUGAUUUCUCUAAGCUUAGCCUGAACCAAACCAAGCGCUAUGAGAUGGAAUCUCAAGUCAGGGCCCUUGAGUUGGAGAAGGAGCUUGAGAUGGAGAGGACCAAACUUGCUGAGCUGAGGAAGAUCCACUACCAUAAGGCCGGAGCCUCCGAAGGCUGGGACGAAGAGGAGGGUGCCAACUAAUUUAAACUGCCCUUUGCCCUGCUGGGCCCGCAUUAAUUUCAAGUAUUAAUUGUGAAUUGUUUCAAAGGCAGUAAGUCGUUUUCAUUAGAACUCAGUAGUGACACUAAUAAUAUAAUUGCUGUGAAUAUUCAUUUGAUUUUAGUUGAUUUUAUAUCUCUUGAGAAUUGAUUUUUUGAUGUAGUUUUAAUCUUAUGGCAAA